CAUCAACAUGCCCGUCCAGCGCUCCAACAGAGAGAUACCGCACUCGGCUACAUAUGGCGACACAUACACCAAUGGCACUUGCUAUGACGGGGAUGUGCCACGGCCCUGGGAUCUGGACGCUCGUAAUAUGCCUUACCUAACUCACGUCAAACUGCUCUCGAGAUCUUGGCCAACACUGCGGCAUCUAGCGGAUUUCAUGGAAGUAGGGACUUCGCCGCUGCAGUGGAGGUAUCUGAGUUUGAGGGACAACCAAGAAGAGCGUAACUUACGCAUAAAGAAAACCGAAGUCACUUUCAUCGAAUAUCAACCAGAGACGGCGCCACAAGUAAUGCGCAUCGACUCAGCUGAAGGAAAAGCCGGACUCAAGGAAAAGUUGGACUCGUUGACGCAAGGAGCUGCCAAAACACCGCCGCUUCGUCUAUUCAUUGUCGAAGACCUGUCUCGUGAGGUCAUCGAACUUCUCGGAUCCAGAUUUGACGUGGACCCUCUUUUCUUCCGGGAGCAUAUUGAGGACUACGUGUGGCAUAACACUCGGGAUCCGUGGGCAAUGCCGCCAAGUUUGACGUCUAGUACCAGACAGCAAAACUCAUUCGAGGAUGCAAGAUGGGAGGCCAACAAGUGGAACGUGUUGCGACGUCCGGACAACGACAACAAUCAUUGGGCCCACAAAGACCAGCCUGGUGCUGUAGUUUCAAUCAUGCGAACUCGAACAACAAUUUGGAUUGGAAAAGAUAGAAGGUGCGGCAACGGUACUGUUGGUAUCGUACUCCUUGAUCCCACUCUUAAGCAGGGCAAGCCGCUUUGGCAUGACCGAACGAACUGGCUUCCCACAACGAGCAUGGAAAUCUCACCCCCUCCGAUCGAGCUAUCAAAAUCAUGGUAUGAUGACAUCGUUCAGAUGACCACCGUGUACCCAUGGUUCGAGGCUGCAUCUGGUCACAAGAUUGAACCGCAGGUUCUUGCCUACCCGACUCUCUUCACAAUAUGUGCCGAAUGGCUGCUUGUUUGCGACUACGUCAAGACACGACUCAGCCAGAUCGAGUGGGAAGUCGAGAUUCCGGACGUCUUCCGUCAUCACGACGAUACACGCUCAAAGAGUGAAGUCAUUGCUGACUCUUUGCAACGACUACACACGUGGCGACGCCAUAUCCCAGUAUUCCGAGACAUGGUCAACGAAGCAAUCAAGCAGGCGCUGCCGGCCGCGACAAGAUUGACCUCACAUCUCAACAUUGACGGAGGGGCAACCGAUGCUUUUGAAGAUAUCAAGCCCGACUUCGAACGUGUCUUGAAAGCACUUGAAGAGCUACAAGAUCGCGUUGACCGUUUGACUGAGGUCGUAACGUCGGAAAUAUCCCUCAAUGACUCGAGGCAAAGCAUAGAGGACAACCACAAUUUGACCCGUCUAACGUGGCUGGCAACCAUCUUUAUCCCACUGAGCUUCGUCUCUGCUUUCUUCAGCAUGAACGAGAGCGUUGCCGAUCUCAAAUACACUUACGGAUGGUUCUUCCUAACUGCUAUACCGUUCACAGCAAUUUGUUUGGCAAUUGCGCAAUUAGCAGGAGGAGGUGCUCUC